AUGGGGUUCAAACACUUUUGGGACGAGCAUGUAGUGCUCAAACCGCAUCCUGGCUCCUUUGGGGCAGAUGAACCUGAUGCGAUCAAAUACACCAACGAGGACAUGGACCCGAUCAAACGAAAAGAUCGAACCUAUGAGUGGUACCAAAUGGGAUUGUUUUGGAUAGCCGAAGGUUUCAACGCAGCACAACUGGAAGUAUCAAGCUCAGCCUUCUCUCUCGGACUGAACCCAGGGCUCUGUGUGGUGGCGUGCUUGAUUGGCAACAUUAUCGUCUCCAUUCCCUGCGCUGCGUCCGGAUAUCUAGGUAGCAAGCUGGGGACAAACUUUCCUGGCACAGUCAGAGCGUCGUUCGGUAUGUUAGGGUCCAAAUGGGCCAUGGUCGUGAGAGGGGUGCCGUGUAUCAUCUACUACGGCAUCCAAGUCAGUCUCGCUGGUCAAGCGGUUCAAGCCUGCACUACAGCCAUCUGGCCGUCUUUCGCUCACUGGGAAGUCAACGCAAUUCCAGCCUCGGCCAACGUGACGGCGCAACAAAUUUUGUGCUUCUCCAUCUUCUGGUUGAUAUCGUUGCCGUUCCUGUACCUGCCGAUCAAGACGUUGCGAUACCUGUUCAUUGUCAAGAGUGUUCUGGUGCCUCUUUUUUGGGUGGCCCUGUUCACAUGGUCAGUGACUGCUGCGCGCGGUUGGCCUGAAGUUUGGAGAGCACCGAGCAAGCCCCUAGACGGAUGGAGUGUGGGCUACCUUUUCGGUAUAUGCGUCAACGCUGCAAUUUCCGGUAACGCUACCUUUGCUGUCAACAUCAUGGACAUAUCGCGGCACUCAAAGAACGACACCGCAGCAUGGGCUACCCAGCUAUUCGCCUUGCCUGUGCUGGUGACCUUGACCGAAUUCCUCGGCUGCACCAUGGCAGUGGCCUCGUCAGUUGUAUAUGGCGAGGUGCAAUGGAAUCCUUUGGUGGUGAUCAACAACUUCGAUAAUCGGGCUGGGAAGUUCUUUGCGGGUGCCUGCUUCAUCUUCUUCAACAUCAUGACCAACGUCACAGGUAACUCGGUCCCUCUGGCCAACGACUUGACGGGAUUGUUCCCCAAGUACAUCAACAUUCGCCGCGGACAGUUCAUCUGUGCGGUGAUAUCGUUCGCCAUCUGUCCAUGGGAGAUUCAAGCAAAGGCGACCACCUUUUUGGCAUUCUUGGGUGCAUAUACGCUGUUCCUCGGUGCGACAACAGGAGUCAUCAUGAUGGAUUAUUUCUGGGUCCGCCGCGGAUACGGCAUCAACAUUUCGCAUCUCUUCAAACCCCGGGGUAUCUAUUGGUAUAAGUAUGGGUGCAACUGGCGUGCAUUCGUCGCGUGGUUUGUGGCCAUCGCUCCGCUCUUCCCAGGGAUGCUAUUCUCAAUGGGUGUACCGGUUCACAAUCGAGGCAUUCUCAAUAUGUACUCGUGGAAUUACGUCCUCGUGGUCGUCUUCUCCGGCUUGGUGUAUUUCAUUUGCACGACCCUCUCGCCCGUACCAGUCAGACCGGAUGACGGUGAAGAGGACUACGGCAAGUUGUAUCUCCUCGACGGGUUGGAGGUAGCAAGUGAGAGCAGGACACCAACCGAGUAUACCGACCGGGACAUUGAGAAGAGUGAAAAGAUCGUCUCCGAGACGCAUGUAACUCCGGCGGCAAUACAAACAGUAGGAUGA